AUGUUUUAUGAUCUCAACGUCCCAUAUAGCCCGGAUGACCCAGAGGUGCCCCACACCUUAAAUUUCCUGGCUGAACUUGGUUACACUACCAUCGCUUUAUCUCAAACAAUCACUGGGAAGCUUCCCCCCAGCCUCACACCGCCACCUCUUCCUUCGAACCCGCCUAAAUCCCUCCAGUUAUUGACCCGCCUGAACUUGACCCUCUCAGACCCCGCCCAGAACCAACGUCUGAACAAUUUGACUCAGGCAUACGAUUUGGUCGCGCUUCGACCUACAAAUGAAAAGGCUCUCCUCAAUGCCUGUACCAACUUGGAAUGCGAUGUGAUCUCACUUGAUCUGUCGGUGCGCCUUCCAUACCACUUCAAAUUUAAGAUGUUGUCCGCCGCGGUGUCACGUGGUGUUCGUCUGGAGAUAUCCUAUGGUCCAGGGGUCACGGGCAGUGGUGUGGAUGCUCGCCGAAAUCUUAUUGGGAAUGCUAUGGCCUUGAUUCGAGCGACACGCGGUCGCGGUAUUAUCGUGUCAAGUGAGGCUCGGAGGGCGUUGAACCUGCGAGCUCCGUGGGAUGUGAUCAAUUUAACAUGCGUCUGGGGUCUGUCACAAGAACGCGGCAAGGAGGCGAUCUGCGAAGAGGCGCGGAAGGUUACUGCGCUAGCUAAGCUGAAACGAAGCAGCUGGCGCGGUAUCGUUGACAUUGUUCACGGCGGGGAAAAAGCCAAUCCAGAGAACACCGCAUCGAACCAAAAAAGCACAGAGAAGUCCCAGCAGGAUAAAGGCACUGAUAAUUUGAAGAGAAAGGCAUCUAUCGGCUCCGAGGCUGUUGCCGAAGAAGCUGAAAAGCCCAUUUCGAAACGAGAAAUGAAACGACGAGCGAAAAAGGUUCGUCUGGAGUCACGGGGACCAGAUGCAAGCUGA